AUGCAAUUCUUAUACAAUUUGUUAUUGUUGUUCUUGCUGUUAUUCUGCAUUUCGAGUGCUGAUGCGGCGAAUGCGAUUAAGUGCCGGCAGCAAGUAACGGUUAUGCGUGCAAAGCGGCAAACAGUCGACUUGUCGCCACAACAACAAUACCAGCAACGGCAAAGGAAUUUGCGAGAAACAUCGUCAGUCGUCAAGCCGGUCGUGAGAUUUUUUGUGGCGACGCCAGGGCAACAAGUGCAACAACUGCAAGUCAAUAGCGGCGGAGGUCAGCAACGCUUUGCUUUCACUUCGCAGCAGCAACAACAACAUUUGCAUCAAUUUCGUCUGCAACAACAACAACAACGAGCAUCGUCUUCGCAGACACAAAUACCAAGUAAUGACCAAUAUUCGCAAAGUAAUAGUUACCUGCAGCGACAACAACAACAACAAUUCUACAAUAAUACACAUUUUUCGCGGGUAGGUCAACAACCACAGCAGCAACAACAACAAUUUCAAGCACAGCCCCCGCAGCAGUUCCACCAAUCCCAACAACAACCGCUACAAUUUUUUAAACCACAAAUAACAACAACACCAAAUCGAAUUUUUCAAUACAACAACUCAAACCAACAACCUACAUCCCGUUAUGCGCCACAAAUUGCAGCACAGCGACAACGGGAGAGCACACCCACACCCAACCAAGGCAACGGGGCAGAUGCUCCAGUUCUCACCCCACUGCUCCCCUCAUAUUCGGAUGAAGAUGACACCCCGUCAAAUUACACGCGACUAUGUGAGAGGUGUUGCACCCCUGGCCAAACGCCAUGCCAAGAUUGUUGCGAUACUAACCCACUCUUAAGUGUGGCUGUUUUGAAGUCAUCAGCGGGUUAAACUAAAGUGAGCUGACACUAAACUUAUCUUAUUCUUUAUAUUUAUAAAAUGUGUG